AUGUCCAGGAAGGGUUCACUCGGCGAUUUCCUCGAGGGCAGCCUCAAGGAAUUCAAGCGCCGAGGUCGUUCUGACUCGGCGCUCGACAGGCCUUCAGCAUUCGACAAGUCUGCCUCGGCCAGUGGUUCGUCGUCGACUGCAGCAAGUAGCGCCAGAAAGUCUAUCAUGCCCCUCGUUAGCCGCCUGCCCAGCUUUCGCCGCUCUGAUGGAUGGAGGCAGGCCCCCAGCCAUGACAAGAGGCCGCUCUUGAUCAUGAGGCUCUCGUCCCAGUCCUUCCUCGAUUCGGUCGUUCUCGACGACACCUCCAAAAACACCCUGUACACUAUGAAAACAGAGGGCGCCACGACGAGGAUCACGAGAAGCAUAUCGGCUACGACCCAAUUCUGCACCAUCCGCUGGCCGAAAACACUGCCUGCGAUAGUCAAGGGAAAGAUGGCAACCGACGGCGUAUCGAUACACCUGGGAGAUGCACGGUUCAUUGGUGGGGAGAAUUUGUUGAAGCGGGGACCAAAGCCAGAUUCGUCGCGAAAAUUCAAUCUACCCAACUACUCCCAAGUCCUUAAAUGGAAACGAUAUGGCAAUAUUUACUGGUGCACGACGCUGUCCGUCAGAGGUCCAGUGGCUGUUCUGGAAAUGGCCAAAGACAAAACGCCGACCAAGUUGACUGUUUAUGAAACCCUUCACGACAAAUACGACACAAAAGGCGUCCUCUCUUAUCACGGUGUCUACAUACCUUUGAUGGACUAUCUCCUGGUGACGGCGUUGUUGCUGGUGACGGACCUGCAAGAGUGGAUGCUGGUGAAGAAGGUGGAGGGCAGGAACAUCAUUGUUCCGAAUCCUUUGGGGCAGGAAGGGAGUGCAGUGGAAACGACAACAUCGGACGUGCAAUGGAGAAAGAUCUUGUACCGCGAACCGAUGUACCGAAGACUGGCAAGCGAAACGUCCUCGACCUAUACUUGGUUCACGGAUUCGGAUUCGACGCACUACCCCAUCACGCCAACGUCGCCUAGAAGCCCUCACCAAGUCUAUGGCCACCCACCGAGCGCACCUGCAGGAGAGUCAAUUCUCUCGUUCACGGACUCCGAGUACGAGGGUGAUAAUGAGGAGGUUACCGUCCGGCCCAUAAGUCCAUCCAUGGAAUCUGCAUUUUAUCCCUCUCAAUCGGAUGUCGCACCCGCACAUGGAUAUGCCGACCCUUCCUAUCAUCGAAAAUCGAUGCCACCGCCUCCGGUGCCGCCGCUUCCCGCCCAGUUUCAAGGGAGCAAUACCCUUACGCCGCCUCCCCCAACCGCCAGUCCAAAGACCCGGACACCUCACAUUCGCGUCCGCGGCCUCCAGUUCUACGUCAACCCCCAGCUCUUCAAGCUCCAGGUCGCCACCGCAUCCUCCUCACCCUCUAUCAAUUCCAACACCAUCAUACGAUACCGCCAUCGGUUCCUCCUCGACGGACAGCGCGGCCCAAACGAAACCUCAUGGCAUUGUUAA